AUGAUGAAAACCACUCUUUUCGUCCUUGCCGCCCUGGCCAUUGUCUGCGCACAGGAAGCGCAAAAUGCCCCACCUCAGGGACAGAAAGCACCCGUAGAAAUAGUCAAACAAGACUCUGAAGUUGACGUCGACGGAUACAAAUUUGAAUACGAGACAAGCGACGGUACAUCCAGGCAAGAACAGGGCGAGUAUAAGAACGACACUGACCAGCAAGGUCUCCUGGUGAGGGGUAGCUACAAAUACGUCGCUCCGGACGGCCAGCAGAUCUCUGUUUCUUUCGUCGCCGACAAGAACGGCUACCAGCCCACAGAACAAAACGGAACUCAACAACAACCCGCUCAGGCUUAA